AUACCAGUUAAAGCUAAUGCAAGAACAAUUCUUUUAUGUUCACCUAGAAAGGAUCUCUAUAGAGAUUUUGACAAGUUUGGACUUUCAACAGUACGGUUCAUGCCAGUUUGGGGACGAAGAGAGAUCGAUGAAUGCAGGGAUAAAAUUUUUUAUAACAUUGAGAAAGAAAAGGUUGAAGAAUUGUUUUUGAAGUGUGGAGGAAUUCCUAGCUUUGUUUUAGAACAGGCUGAUGAUAAAGGUUAUCAAGACAUGCUUGAAAAGGCAAUUAACAAGUGUAGCAUGGAUAUAUUUAAAUACGUUGGUGAAUCAACGGAUACAGAUGAAAUGAGCCACAAGCUCGUUCACAUUUAUACAAAUCUCCCAUUCGCUGACGAAGUAAAGGACGAAAAUGAAAUGGAUUUAGAUACUAUUCCCACUAUUCCUAAUGAUGUAAUGCUAGAUCGACACGGCGAAGGACCCUAUACAAAGACAAUCGUAAGAUUCGCCUCUGAAUUUGUUAAGCAAGAAGUGACCAAAACACUUGAGGAAGACAUAAGGAGCAAAUUGCGUACUGAAACGAAUUUGAGCUUAAAAGCAGGAAUCAGUAAUUCGUUAUUGGGCAUGUCAUUUGAACAGAUUGUUCAUCGGCUGCUACGAGAUGGGGGAGUUUUCAAAACACGUUCUUUAGAACUCAAUUGUUUAGAGGAAGACCUCAUUAUUAAUAGGCAGAGUGAAAUACUCGAGUUGUUUAAAAGUAAUAUCAGUGUGAUCGAAGAUGGAAAAUACUAUAAACCAGUGGAACAAAAUUAUCCAAUGAUCGAUGCCAUCAUUACUCCCAACAAACUUUUUCAGAUGACAAUAUCAAAGAUCCACCCUAUCAAGAUGAACGAACACUUAUAUGAUAAUUAUAGAAAGCAAGAUUUUCAUACAUCUAACGAUACUCUUGCUCUAAAUGUACCACUUUGGAUCUUUUAA